CCCCAGCCCCGGCCCCGGCCCGCCGCGGCUCCUCGGGGGCUGCCCGACCGCGGGGGCUCCGCCAGCCGCGCCCGCCGCCCGGGCCGGGCCGCUGCCAUGUUCACCAGCACCGGCUCCAACGGGUUCUAUAAAGCGCCUUUGUCAAAGAGUUUGUUACUAGUCCCAAGUGCCAUCUCGAUUCUAUUGACUCUGCUCUUCCAGCAUUAUCAGAAGUUCUUUGCGUAUAACCUACAAGCUGUAAAAGAGGAUUUUCAGAUUUGGAGACUUGUAUGUGGAAGAACAAUAUGUCUUGAUUUGAAAGACACAUUCUGCAGCAGUCUGCUCAUUUACAACUUUAGAAUAUUUGAAAGAAGAUAUGGCAGCAGAAAAUUUUCAUCUUUUUUAUUGGGCGCUUGGAUGCUCUCAGCUUUGUUUGAUCUUCUCCUUGUAGAAAUCACUCAGUAUAUGUUUGGCAUCACCAUCAACAGCUUGCCUUCUGGUUUCUUGGGUCCUGUGUUUGCGCUGUUUGUUCCAUUUUAUUCCUCCAUUCCAAGAGUGCAGGUGACACAAGUAUUGGGACACUUUUCUAUCACAAACAAGUCUCUGGUCUACAUACUGGGUUUACAGCUCUUAACUUCUGGUUCCUACAUCUGGAUUUUAGCCUUAAGUGGAUUGCUUUCUGGGAUUUGCUACAAUAGCAGUAUCUUAAAAGUUCAUCAAAUUCUUUGUGUACCCAGAUGGGUAGCAAAGAUAUUUUCUUGGACUCUUGAACCAGUCUUCUCAUCUUCGGAACCAACAAAUGAAGUUCGAGUGGGAAUGGGAGCAACAGUUGACAUCCAGAGGCAGCAGAGGAUGGAGUUACUGGAUCGUCAAAUCAUGAUGUCUCAGGUUGCCCAAAUGAGGCGGCAAAGACAGCAGCAGGGUGGAAUGAUUAACUGGAAUAGACUGUUUCCUCCUUUACGUCACAGACAUAAUGCGAAUUAUCAAGAUCAUCGCCCGUCUGAACAAGGCAUACCUCCACCUACUGAGGUUUCUGAAGAGCAGGUCGCACGACUUAUGGAAAUGGGAUUUUCCAGAGGAGAUGCUCUAGAAGCUCUGAGGGCUUCAAAUAAUGACUUAAAUGUAGCCACUAAUUUUCUACUGCAGCACUGAUGGUUUUCUGUGUGAAGGAACUUCACCCGCUGCGUGUGUACAUGCCUGGGAGACGAUCAAAGCCACCUGCUGGGCAGACGCACCAAGGUCAGCCCUGCAAGAGCGCCAGAAGAGAGGAACGGCUCCACGUGACUGGUGACUCAGAGUGAUGUUAAGAAAUGAUGUGAACUGUUCCCAAGCCUUCGGAUCACUUGGUGGUUUCUAGUCUGGUUAUCCUUUUCAAAGUAACUUUAGUUUCUACUUGUUACUGGAUAUCACCUAAAUUUAUUUUUAAAUAAAAUAGGUGGGUUUUUUCUUGUAAAUCCUUGUUAGACACAUUAUCAGACUUAAUGACUAGGAAAAAAAACCUCCAACAACAACAGCAACUAGAUUUACCUGUCAAGAAAAAUUGCAUUUUCUUCAUUUAAAGUCUAAUUUGUCUAGAUUACAUGUUAUUUUACAGUACUUGAUUUUUUAUUACAGUAAUAAGAGGUUUGAAGAUCAUUUUAUUUUCAACUCAAUAGAGGGUUAUGGGACUAUUAUGUCAUUCUUUGCAAAGUUUUAUUAAUGCCUGUAAUAUUUUAUUUCUCAAAUUUCUUUUUGAAUAAAAGUUGUCAUUCAGCACAUAAUAGACAGAUAGGGUGAGAGAAAAUUCCUGUGUGUAUGGCAAGCUACGGCAAGUGACCACUGUAAAUUGGAAUUUUUGCAAAGUGAGUGAAUUGCUGUUCAAAUACGGGUCAUGGAGAUACUCACUGGAAGCAAUAAAGGUGAAUCGAAUGAUGCAAUAAGA